CAGAGAGAUGUGUGUAUGUGGGAGUGGUGUGAGAAACUGGAGGAGGAGAGAGACCUGCAAACGUGGCUGGAAGAGGGGUGAGCCAACAAACCGGGUUGAAGGAAGACGAAAAGGAAAGACAAUGAGACUGGGAGAAAAUAAAAAGGAAAAGGAGAGAAAACAAGAGGCAGUGAAAGAAGGGAGAAAAUAUGAAAGGCCAAAAGGGAGUGAAUUAAGAAAGUAAAUGGGUAGGAGGGGAUGGAUGAUAGCAGAAUAAGUGGAGAGACUGAGGAGAGGCUACACGUGACAGAAGUAGGGAUAAAAGGAAAAGGUUUGGGAGUGUUUGAGAGAAAAGGAUAGUGAAGCACAGUAGAGAAUGAAGAGCUAGAGGAGGGGGUAAGGUGACGAGGAGGUUGUGUGCAGAGGAGGAGUGUGCAACUUGAGCCUCACUAUAAAGGUGAGUGUUCCAUGCAGCUGCUGUGUAACAUAGAGAAGGACAUGUGACUGAGACAGACCCUCAGCUUUACAGCUCACUCACCUUCUGCCCUGUAUUAGGAAAAAAGGAAACCUAACUUGGCUAUGAAACCCACUGUUUAUACAAAGUUGGCAGUUUAAUACCAAGAAUUCCAUGAUCCAACCCCUGUAAAUGCUGAAAAUAUUUAGGACGUAUUACCUGGCCUCUGUGGAUUUUCUCACAAUUAGACAUGACAUCACACCCUGGAAUUGCCAAUAGAUGAUAUACUGGGAACUGCAGCACAAGACCUGACUGUAAGCACACUGAGUGUCUCUAGGCUCUGCAAUUGACAUUUUUCUGCCCAUUCUAUACACAGCACAGUCAGGAUUUGCUGGAUAUCUACCUUGCAUCAAUCCUUUGGAUUUGUUUUUGGUCACACUGGGCAGUAUUGCCACACCCUGGCACUGUUAGGUUGAUCAUUACACUUCACUACAGGUGUCUACCUGGAAAAGGCAUUACCACUGCCAUUGGCCCUGGUCACACAACGCCUGUUCCUGUAUACACCAAGUAUUUUUCAUUUUCCAUUGGCACUCAUCACUGCAAAUGAAUUCAAUGCAAAAGCUACUGCAACUGCCGGUGACGGCAGUGAAUAUGGUAAAGAAUCACAGAGCAGAGGAGGCCAAGAGUCCUGUUCUGAGCCCAGAUGCUGGGCCCCAGACAUUCUACAAUGCACUACAGGUGGAUGAGCUGAGGUUGCUCAAAUCACCCGACCAAGAGUCUACCCUAGAGAACAGUGGAAAAAGCACCCAGUGUCAGCCAGUACGACAUGAUGACCUAAAAGAAAUGCUGGACAGUAAUAAAGAUUCGUUAAAGCUAGAAGCCAUGAAGAGGAUUGUAGCUAUGAUUGCAAGAGGGAAAAACACAUCCGAUCUUUUCCCAGCAGUUGUGAAGAAUGUGGCAUGUAAGAACAUUGAGGUUAAAAAGUUAGUAUAUGUUUAUUUGGUUCGAUAUGCUGAGGAGCAACAGGACCUAGCGCUUCUCUCAAUCUCCACCUUUCAGCGUGGGUUAAAGGACCCCAAUCAACUGAUCCGUGCCAGUGCCCUACGUGUUCUCUCUAGCAUCCGUGUGCCAAUCAUAGUGCCAAUUAUGAUGCUAGCAAUUAAGGAGGCAGCUUCAGAUAUGUCCCCCUACGUGAGAAAGACGGCGGCACAUGCUAUACCCAAGUUGUAUAGCCUGGAUUCUGACCAGAAAGAUCAGCUCAUUGAAGUGAUUGAGAAACUUCUCUCUGAUAAAACAACACUGGUUGCAGGCAGUGUGGUGAUGGCGUUUGAAGAGGUCUGCCCCGAGCGCAUAGAUUUGAUCCAUAAGAAUUACCGUAAGCUGUGUAACCUGCUAAUAGAUGUGGAGGAGUGGGGGCAGGUGGUGAUUAUCAAUAUGCUGACACGUUAUGCGCGUACGCAGUUCUUAAAUCCCAACCAAAAUGAGUCGCUUCUUGAGGAGAACCCAGAGAAAGCUUUUUAUGGCUCAGAUGAUGAUGAAGGGGGGAAGGAGAGGGCAGAACCAUCUUCCGUGGUUAAACGCAAGCCUUACGUUAUGGACCCAGACCAUCGACUUCUGCUCCGUAAUACCAAACCUCUCCUACAGAGUCGCAAUGCUGCUGUGGUUAUGGCUGUGGCCCAACUUUAUUUCCACCUGGCACCAAAAGCGGAAGUUGGAGUAAUAGCAAAGGCACUAGUUCGAUUACUGCGAAGUCACAGUGAAGUACAAUACGUGGUACUCCAUAAUGUGGCCACCAUGUCCAUCAAGAGAAAGGGGAUGUUUGAACCAUACCUUAAAAGUUUCUACAUUCGAUCCACGGAUCCAACUCAGAUUAAGAUUCUUAAGCUAGAAGUCUUGACUAACCUGGCUAAUGAAACCAACAUUUCUACUAUACUCCGAGAAUUUCAGACCUACAUUCGCAGCAUGGAUAAAGAUUUUGUUGCUGCUACCAUCCAGGCAAUAGGUCGCUGUGCCACCAAUAUUGGUAAAGUCCGAGACACCUGUCUAAAUGGUCUUGUACAGCUCCUGUCAAAUAGGGAUGAUUUGGUGGUGGCAGAGUCAGUAGUGGUUAUCAAAAAAUUACUGCAGAUGCAACCAGCGCAGCACAGUGAGAUAAUUAAGCAUAUGGCCAAGUUAACUGACAAUAUCCAGGUCCCAAUGGCACGGGCAAGCAUUCUGUGGCUUAUUGGAGAGUACUGUGAACAUGUGCCCAAAAUCGCCCCUGAUGUCCUAAGGAAUAUGGCCAAGUCCUUCAUUAAUGAGGAGGACAUUGUUAAACUUCAGACCAUCAACUUGGCUGCAAAGCUGUAUCUUACCAACCCCAAGCAGACAAAGCUCCUCACUCAAUAUGUUCUGAAUCUGGCCAAGUAUGACCAAAACUAUGACAUCAGAGAUCGCACAAGAUUUAUUCGCCAGCUGAUCAUCCCCUCAGAGAAGAGUGGAAUUCUGAGCAAACAUGCAAAGAAACUCUUUCUGGCGCAGAAGCCUGCCCCAAUCCUGGAGUCCUCAUUUAAAGAUCGUGAUCAUUUUCAGCUGGGAUCCCUGUCUCAUCUACUCAAUGCAAAAUCUGUUGGUUAUCAAGAAUUGCCAGACUGGCCAGAAGAGGCUCCAGACCCAUCUGUGCGCAACGUGGAGGUGAAGGAUGCUGAGGAGGAGGACAGUGCACCCAGGGAUGGUCACAUCGGACUCCUGGGGGAGUGGAAAGAGGUGCCUGAAUGGACCAAAUGUCCAAGCAGAGAAAAGAGGAAGGAGAGGGAGGAAAAACCAUUUUACUCUGAUUCAGAGGGAGAGUCAGGACCAACAGAGUCCGCAGACAGUGAACCAGAGUCAGAAAGUGAAUCGGAGAAUGGUGGAAGCAGCAGUGUCAGCGGAUCUGGAUCAGGAAGUGAGGAGGAAGAGGAAAGUGAAGAGGAAGAGUCUGAAAAAGAGGAGAGGAAAAAGCAAAAGAAAAGGACUCCACAAAAAGAAGACAGUGAUGAAAGUGACCAGGAACAAAAACAGUCUGUUAGGAGUAAGAAAAGCUCUGCCAAAACAUCCCAGAAAUCUACAUCAGAGGAUGGCAGCAACUCAGAGAAUAGUGAAUCUGAAACUGAAUCAUCUUCUGAGGAAGAGGAUGAAGAUGAAGAUGAGGAACAAGAACAGAGACAACCAGAACCAAAAAAUAAGAAGACACCUCCUGCAACAAAAUCCACUUCGAAAGCUUCUAAAGAACCCAAGGAAAUGUCACUGCUGGAUCUAGAUGACUUUUCAGUCCCCUCUGCCCCUUUGGUGACUUCAAGAAGUACUGUAUCUACCAGCCUGGUUAGUGACCUGGAGGGCCUAUCCCUGACUGAUACCUCUUUGACUCCUACGAUGAUAAGCCCAGCUUUUGCAUUAGACCGGACCUUUGAGCUUCUGCACCACAUGACUGGCGAGGGUCUGUCCAUGGAAUACAUAUUUAGCCGCCAACCUUUUACUCCUGAUAAUCGCAUGGUGUCUGUGCAGGUCCAAAUCUCCAAUAAAACAGAAAAUGAAGUAAAGAAUCUCAGAAUCAGCGAUCCCAAACUUCUUUCUGGAAUGAGAAUGCAGGCUUUUCAAGAGAUAGAAUCCCUUCCUCCGGGAGAAAGUGCAACAGUUAUAAUAGGCAUUGAUUUCUGUGAUUCUACUCAGGCUGCCAAUUUCCAGAUAUGCACACACACCCGACACUUCUAUGUGUCUAUUCAGCCACCUGUUGGAGAGUUGAUGGCGCCUGUCUUCAUGAGUGAAAAUGAGUUCAAGAGAGAACAAGGCAAACUCACAGGUAUGAAUGAGAUCACAGAGAGGCUGACUUUGUCAGGCAAGUGUAAUAGUGAUCAUGCCAUUGUACAGAGAGUCUCGUCUACUGCAAACAUGAAUCGUGUUCCAUGUGGUGCAGACAAAGAAUACAGGUUUGCAGCAAAGACAGUGACCAGCGGCAACCUGGUCUUAGUGACCUUAACACUUAAAGAUGGUUCUGCUGCUCUGCUAACGAUCAAUAGUGAAAAGAUGGUGAUAGGAACUAUGCUGGCAAAGGACAUUGUACAAACUCUGACUCAGUGAUAUAAGGAACCUGCAACUGAGUAAUACAGUAAAUAGUGACCAAGUCUGGUCACAUUGAUCACUCCCAUUCUGAGCAAGGAAAUCUGUUUUGGCCUUUUGUCUUUAUCGCACACACCAAACUUUAUCUCCAAAAUGAGUCUGAAUGAGAACAGCUGUCCCUGACAAAAUCCCAGAUCUGGAAGACAAGACAUUAUGGAGGUUAUUUACUAAAAUCAGAAAAUACAUU